CCUCUCAAAAGUUUGAGUUCAUAACUCCCAAAAGAAAAUAUUGGAAAAUUGAGAGAGCUUAAAAAGAGUGUGCUUAUUCUUAUAAGUUUUACCUUAACGUAUAAUUAGCAAAUUAAGGUAUAAUUAUACAUUAAGGGAUAAUUAGCAAAUUAAGACUAGUAUUAAUUAAGAUGGUGAGAGCUCCUUGCUGUGAGAAGAUGGGGUUGAAGAAAGGGCCUUGGUCGCCUGAAGAAGACCAAAUUCUCAUAUCUUUUGUUCAGAAAUAUGGCCAUGGAAAUUGGCGUGCUCUCCCAAAGCAAUCUGGACUCUUGAGAUGUGGGAAGAGUUGCAGGUUGCGAUGGAUUAACUAUUUGCGUCCAGAUAUCAAGAGAGGGAACUUCACCAUAGAAGAAGAGGAAACCAUCAUUAAUUUACAUGAAAUGCUCGGCAAUAGAUGGUCAGCAAUCGCAGCAAGAUUACCGGGAAGAACUGACAAUGAAAUAAAGAACGUGUGGCACACCCACUUGAAGAAAAGGCUCAACAAAAAGGGCCAUGUAACUAACAAGAAUCACAAAUCCGUGACCAAGAAAGAUUUCUCUGUGAAACGACACCCCACAUGCAGUAGUAGAACCAGUUCUUCCAACGUCACAGACCAAUUGGAACCCACACCAUCAUUGUUAUCUCCACAGCCAUCUUCCAGUGAUUUUUCGUCGGUCACAGAAACCGAGGAGACAACCAACAACAACAGUGACAUCGUCAUCAUCAAGGAUGAAAAGAAGGAGGAAUAUAAAUUUUUGGGAAAUACUAGUUUCGCCGAAAUUGAUGAGAGUUUCUGGUCAGAAGCUCUCUCAGUAGAAAUUUCCAACACAACAUAUAAUCCAUCAAAAUUUCCAAGCAGUAUUAAUUCAGCGGAGUUGGUUUAUGAUUAUGAUACGAGCAAUACUAUUGGGCAUGACGUGGACUUUUGGUAUGACAUUUUCAUCAAGGCUGGCGGCCAGUCACCAGAGAAUUUUGAUUGACAAUAUCUCUCUAAUUUGGAGGCUCUAUGAUUAGGAGAUUAACACAAUUCAAUCUGAUUUUUGAUAAAUCAUACAUUGGAUUGGGACACUGUAUUUUCCAACGUGGGGGCACAAAGUUGUCGUUAUUCGGUUAGUCCAAAAGUUGGAAUUUUAUAUAUUGUAUGUUGUCCAUUUAGUCAUUGACGAAGAAAUACUAAAGGCGACCUUUGCCGUAAACGUUAAAUAGGAUAUGAUAUUAGGGAAGAUAUUAAUAUGUGGGCUUUCGACAGAACAGAGAAAGAAGAUCUACAAAGUUAAAAGGGACUCAGAGAAAUAGUUUUGUACAUUACUACUUGUAGGCUUGUAACAAAGAUAUUAUGUAUCGAGUUACGCAUAUUCUUUUUCUCCAACAAAC